UACAGUUGGUGCUGCUGCAAUUGUACUAGUCAAUGGGGUGAAAGCUAAGAACCUUGGCCUUCAAGUUAUUGCAAGGAUAAAAUUUGAGCUGAAGGUCUCAAGAUUCACAAAUAGCCUCAUUCUAGUGGAUACGAUCAAGAAAGCGACAGUUUGGUCACACUUGGAUCGAUCUGGCCACAAAAUGACUGUAAUAGAUUUCAAAGAUCUGAGUGAUCAUGAUAUUAUUGACUUGAGCAGCAGCGAUGACGAGAUUGUUCAGGAGGAUCAUAUUGCAACUAAGCACCGGGCGGCGUCGCUUGAUAGGCAGACUAUGCAUGUCAUAGCUGGUGUAGGAAUCCAAGAUGUGCAGGCUGCGUUUGUUGCAACUAGUGAAGGAAGGCAAGAUGUGCAAGCUCUGUUUGCUGCAGCUAGUGAAGGAAGACAAGAGGCUGCUGAUUGCGGAUAUGCUUUGGAAGUCACCACAUCGUCCUUGGUUACGGAAAAAGAACCUCUUGUUGCAGCUAGUGAAGGAAGCCAAGAUGUGCAAGCUGUGCUUGUUGCAGCUCUUGAAGGAAGCCAAGAUGUGCAGGCUGCGUUUGUUGUAGCUAGUGAAGGAAGCCAAGAUGUGCAGGCUGUGCUUGUUGCAACUACUGAAGGAAGGCAAGAAGUUGCACACUCCGGAAAUGCUUUGGAGGCUACAGCAUCGUCUUUGGUUACUGAAAAAGCACCUCUUGAUAUGGCUGAAUCACACAACUGUCCUCGCUCUCCCACAUCAGCGACAUUCCCCAGCCCGACUUCUACCGUUCUGGAGGCUCCGACCUCUGAAGGUGGCGAUGCAAAGCUGGUAAGAGGGAAGGUGAAGCGUCCCAGGAAGAACUACCACACCGGUACUCCCAGGACAAGUCCUAGGUUUGAACGGGCCUCUGGACGAGCUGCCAGCAAAGGCACUGACCUCUGAAGGUGGCGACGCAGAGCUGGUGAGAGGGAAGCUCAAACAUCCUAGGGAGAACUACCCUGCUGGCACUCCUAGGACAAGUCCAAGGUUUGAACCGAAGUGCGAAUGUCAUAACGGGUCUGUGGAAGAGCUGCCAGCCGAGGUUCUGACCUCUGAAGGUGGCAACGCAAAGCUGUUGAGAGGGAAGGUCAAGCAUCCUCGGAUGAACUACCAUACCAGCACUCCCAGAAUAAGUCCUAGGUUUGUACCGAAGCUUGAAUGUCAUAAUAGGCCUGUGGAAGAGCUGCCAGCCGAGGCUCUGACCUCUGAAGGUGGCAAUGAAGAGCUGGUGAGAGGGAAGCUCAAACAUCCUAGGAAGAACUACCAUGCUGGCACUCCUAGGACAAGUCCUAGGUUUGAACAGAAGCUUGA